AUGUUUGCGAUCGAGGAAGCCCACAAAAUUGAAGCAGUAGACUCUGGAUUCUGUGUUAAAACAGAAGUGGGGAUUUUAUGUGACGAUCGCUGGGACGUGUGUCAGAAUUUACUUGAGCAAGCCAAAUCCGAUCUAGAAGCUUUCGAGGAAUCCAACAUCAAGAAACCGAGUUAUUUAUUAAGGGAGCAAGACAUUAUGAUUAUAAGAGAAGGGUUGAUGUUGAUUGUUCAAUGCAGACGAGUCCUUAAAUGGUGUUGUUUGUAUGACUAUUUCCACACAGAGUAUGAGAUUGAGAACUCGAAGAAGGAGUAUCUACGAUACCUGCAAGGAAAUGCGAUCGCGGCUCUCCAGAGUUACUCAAACACUUUACAAGAGCAAAAAGAUAUCGUCCUCACUGCAGCUACUUAUGAAGAGUGUAGUUUCUUCAGACAUACGAUACCCACGGCGACAAGCAACAUUGGUAACUACUUUUAUGAUUUCAUCAAAACUUUGCAAGAUGGUUUGGUCGAUGUGAGGGUGAAGUCAUACAACGGUGGGGCGGGUCCUUUAUGGUACUGUGAUCGCUGCACCUAUGCAAACACUUGGCACGAUAAGGAGUGUGAGAUGUGCUAUUAUGAUAGUGCCUCUCUUGUGGGAGAGUUAAGUGAUUUGUCUCUUAACAAGGUUUCUUAA